AUGGGGUCUUGCCAGUUGGGGUCCUCGUUGAUCUACAUUGUAUCGAUCGGCCCUGUUUCUUCAAUGCUUGGUCAGUCAAGGUGUUCAACUGGGAUGGAGCUUCUGAACUGGGUAUCCGGUGUUGACCCUAGGCUGGCUCAUGCGUCUGCAUGA